CCCCAGUCCUUUAUAAGUUUCUUUCUUUCCUUUCUUGUUGUUUUCCCGAUUGUAAUCCCUAAUUGGCAAUCGAUUGUCUUCGAAGUGUCAUUGCGAUCUCUUCGACGAAUCCAUUGAGAAAUCAUGUCUUCUCUUGCGGCUGCUAGGGCUGAUAAUUUCUAUUAUCCACCAGAAUGGACCCCAAAACAGGGUUCUUUGAACAAGUUUCAUGGACAACAUGCAUUGAGGGAGAGGGCACGAAAGCUAGACCAGGGAAUUUUGAUUAUAAGAUUUGAAAUGCCUUUCAAUAUAUGGUGUGGCGGAUGCAACUCUAUGAUUGCCAAGGGUGUGAGGUUUAAUGCAGAGAAAAAGCAAGUUGGGAACUAUUAUUCUACAAAGAUAUGGAGCUUUACAAUGAAGUCGGCAUGCUGCAAGCAUGAAAUUGUUAUUCAGACAGAUCCUAAAAACUGUGAGUAUGUCAUCAUUAGCGGAGCUCAGAGGAAGACUGAAGAAUUUGACAUUGAAGAUGCAGAAACAUUUGCUCUGCCAGCAGAUGAAGAAAGGGGAAAGCUUUCAGAUCCCUUCUACCGUCUUGAACACCAGGAAGAGGAUCUGCGGAAGAAGAAAGAAGCUGAGCCCCUCUUGGUGCGUCUCCAGAAAGUUACUGAUAGCAGGCAUUCUGAUGACUACAACCUAAACAGAGCUCUUCGUGCUCGUCUAAGAGGUCAAAAGAGAAAGGUUGCUGAAGAAGAGGUGGCGUCAAGAAAGUUAGGUCUAGGGAUAAGGCUUCUUCCUCCAUCAACCGAGGACGGUGCAACUGCUGCCAAAGUGAAGUUCGCCUCUAAGUUUGAGAAGAAUAUGAAGGACAAGAGAGCAGCAAUCAAAUCAUCCUCCAUUUUUGCCUCCUCAAUGACCUCUCCAGCUGGGAACAAACUUUCUGAACUUGAAUCAAAAAGGAGGAAAAUAAAAGCAUCUACAGCAUCUGCCUUGCUGACAGGGAGGGUCAAGCCUUCAUCAUGGGUCCAACAAAGCCACACUUCACUGAGUGCUGCUCGUAGUGGGAGAAACUCUGUGGUGUUAACGCGCAAGUAGUUAGGCAUUCACGUUGUUCUGGACACCAUCUGCGAAAGUGUGUUUAUUGUACUGUCUGUACUCUGUAGAAGAUUCUGUUAAUUUUGAUACAAUUAAUACAAAGUAAUAAGCUUUUUUUGGAAAAUCAA